UUCUGUUUUUUCGUUGUAGUCUCGCUCUGUGUAUUCCCGCACUUUCGCGGCACAGAAUUUCUUUGUUGUUUUCCGAUGUCUUGCCCUCUCAUGGAUUUUUUACCCUCUUCCGAGAGGUUUGUGAAAUAAAAGCUUACAACAGCACAAGAAUACUACACUCUUUUCUCCAGGUCAAGUGGCUAGUGUAACAUUUGGGGGCUCGUCCGGGAUUUUCCAUACCCAUGGGAGAAAAGCAAGAGUUGGAGUUUGAGGUCUUGUCCAAGCUGUACCAAGCACCAGUUGAGACUCUUCAGGGUAUCUUAAAAGACAACAAGAUCAUCACAGAGCCAAACAAGGCAGACAAGGCCCUGGCAGUGAAAGCCAUCUUGACAUGGCUGGAUAAGGAGGACAGUAGUGAUGACGGCAACACGACUGCUUUAUUACUACUGAAUGAUGCAUUGACAGCAAAGAAAAUAAUAGUUAAGACAGAUAAGGCAGAAAAGGCUCCAGAACCGAAACCAAGUGACACCAAGAACCAACAUCCACCCUUGUGUCAUAAAGACUUCAAAUUAAGUGGUAAGAUUUCAGACCGCCCAAAUAGACUUUCAUUUGUAAGCCUAGUUCGACAAAUUGAAGCCGGACUUCGCAAAUCGUACAGUGAAGCAGACAUAAUUGAUGGGGUCACCCGACCUAUCUCACCAACUCUACCUUUGAGAAGUUAUUUGGAGGGACGUGAAAAGUUGUCGUUGUCAUCACUGCGGAAGAUUCUCCGGUCCCACUAUGAGGAGAGAUCUGCAACUGAGCUCUAUACCCACCUGACAAAUUCAACACAGGGGAAAGAUGAACCUCAAUAUUUUCUGUUAAAACUUUUAAGCCUGAAACAAAAAAUCUUGUUUGUAUCGAAAGAAGAAGGGGCUGAGGUUCAUUAUGAUGAUAAGCUCGUUACACCCGUGUUCCUACACACUUUGUAUAUAGGACUCAAUGAUGAGACACUACGACGUGAAGUGAAACCAAUUUUAGACUCUAAAGUUGAAGAUGAUGAACUUAUUCAGCAAUUCAGCACAAUCGUCGCCAGGGAAAAGGAGAGGAAGGGACGAUUAACCAAAGCAAAGGUUAACUCUGUCACAGAGGAGGCUCAAAAUCUUCCAAAGAAGGAACAGAAACAGAAGGAUGUCAGAGAGGGUAUUCUUUGGAUGGAACUUCAGGAACUACGUGCAGAAAUCGCAGAGAUCAGGAAACAAAAUUCUACGCCUUUUAAGAGUCCAUCAGAUACAGAUGCUCCUCGCAGAUUUCAGUUGGGUUGUGAGAAGUGUAGGCAAUUAAACACAGCAUCAUCAUGCACACAUUGCUGGGUGUGUGGCAGUGAGGAGCACUUCAAAGCAGGCUGCAAACAGAGGAAAAGGUCGGGAAAUGGGAUGGGGUCACGUCGAGGGAGCCGGCAGUGACUCCGCAGUUUGGAAGCUCCCACUGUGUUGUGAACGCCAUUCAUUCUGACUUUGAGAUGCCAAAAAGUGAAGUAGAAACAAUAUCUCCUAGUGUAAAGUUAAGACUGGUUAAACUUAUUGGUGAUAAAUGUAUUGUGACUUGCUAUCUAAAUAAAGUACCCA